AUGGCUUUGAUCUCCACCGUCAGCAAGGUAAACAUCAAGGAUAGCAGUAUUUCCACUAACAGCAUUGCUGCUGAUGCGGACAAUCUGUGUGACAAAAGGACACCUUCUGCCCACGGGCGAAUCUUCGACCAACCAUAA